AAUAUUAACAAAGCAUGUAAACAACUUGCAAAAGGUACAACUGCACUUAAACACAUUACAUGCAGUCUUACUUACAGUAACUGAAAGGAAAACUAAAGUUGCAAUGACAUAGAAAUUUCCAUUAUUGGAUUGUCAAAAAAAAAUCUAGCUGUGUAACAACAUAUGGUGUCAGUAAGCUAUCAAACAAGUCCUUCUCAUGCAUGCCUGGUGGGUGCAAAACUUUUUAAACUUCUGUGGAAGGCAAUCUGGCAAUACUAAAUCAAAUCCUUUUCAAAUAUUGUCAGUUGAAUAAAAACUGAAAAAAAUGUUUGUGGAAAGAUCUUUGCAAAGCUGUGUACACCCAAGUGAAAUAACAAGGCACAAUUCUUUGAGCUAUUGUUUGUAUCCGUAAGUAUUUACCAUGGAGAUAAUCAUCUAAAAGCAAAAGGAAGGUGAGCAUGGUGAUACAUGCCCAAGUGCAUCUCUGUGAAUUUGAGUCUAGCCUGAUCUACAAAGAGAGACUCUGUCUCAAAACAAAACAAACAAAACUGGUCCACACAGAGAGUUUCCAAGUCAUCCGGGGCUAUAUAGAGAUACCUUGUCUUACAAGUAAAAAAUUUAAAAGUGCAAAGUGAAGUAUGCUUAAAAGUAAAGGUUAAACACAUCUUCUACAUCCGUGUUCUAUCUUGAAAUUUAACUAAGAGGAAGAAAGGCAUGUUGCUAUGAAAAGCUUACUAACAUAUAUAAAAAGGAAGUUAUAAAAUUGUCUGUAUAGCAUGUUUUCUACUAUGUAAAAAUAUGGUGACAUGUAUUUUAAGUGUGGAAAAUUUCCCAAGAAACUGGUCGUACUGAUUGUCUCUGAAGGGACAUUUUUCUGCAAUAAUCUUUUGUGACUUGUGAAUCUUCUUGAAAGCGCAUGUAUUAUUUAUCCAAGUCUAUUUUUUUUUUUUUUUUGGAAUGACUAGAAGCCAAGCAUGUUUGUAAGCCCGAACUACUUAAGAGCCUGCUGAGCAAACAGAAUUUGAGGACAGUCUGGACAACAGAGCAAGCCGGUCUCUAAAAAUAACAGUAAUAAUACUAAUAAUAAAAUAAAGGGGAAACUGACCCAAAGACAUCUGAAUGACCAGACACAAUGUUGUGUUCACUCAACAAAUGUUUACUGAGCGUUUAUCAUGAGCCAGGCUUGACACACGGUGGUGCAAAACAUCUCUGGGAGACUCGGAGUGACUGUGCCCUCACAGCAGAGUAAAGGUGGUAGCAGGGCCAACCGUUCCUAACGGUUCGGGAACGACCCAGGCGGCGGCUGGAAUUCAGUUUUUCAAGCAAACCGCUGCAUGCCAAAUCCUCCCCCUUUCGCAGGGCCACGGCCCGGGCCAGGGCAGGGGUCCCUAGUGCGCUCCUUCUGCAGCUCCCUUACCCGGGUGGUGGCCACAGUGACUUUCGGUCCACGUGGCGUGUGCAGCGCCCGCCCCCAUUUCACUCCUUUAACAUAGUUGCUUUCCUGUCCCCUGGCCAAGAUGGGGGGUGGGAGGACGAUCCAGGCAGAAAAAUCUUAACAGAUAAGUGGCGCCGCAAUCGGGAGGUGGCUUCCCCCAAGGCUGCUGGCUGUGAAAUGACUCUGUGGGAUCCGGGACACCCACGAGUGACCCAACCCCCACCCCACCCACCUCGGAGCGCUGAAGUCCCUCGCGGCUUAAGGCCGCACAACCUCUUCUUCCAAUUGCUUAGAGGAGAACCGAGGACUCCAGAAGCCUCUAAUUAGCUAUUUAAUUCUCAGCAGGUGCAAGCUCCAUUAACAGCAUCAGCUUCCCCAGGCUCUAACUGGCUGCAGACGGGGGCCGGCUUGGACUGUCAUCCGGGUAAUUGGACUUUAGCGUGUCUCAGCCACGUCGCUCACAGCAGCCCGUAGAAGGAUUGGCUGCGGCGGAGGAGCGCGAUUGGUCAGACUUCAAAGAGAGCGUUGAUUGGAUGUUAAGUCGGAGUACAGCAGAAAAUGUCCACCGAACGAACUUCAUGGACAAACCUGUCCACUAUUCAGAAAAUAGCCCUGGGCCUGGGAAUUCCAGCAAGUGCGACAGUUGCCUACAUCCUGUAUCGUCGAUACAGGGAAAGUAGAGAAGAGAGAUUGACAUUUGUUGGAGAAGAUGACAUUGAAAUAGAGAUGCGAGUUCCCCAAGAAGCUGUGAAGCUCAUCAUUGGUCGACAAGGAGCCAAUAUUAAACAGCUGCGGAAGCAGACAGGUGCUCGGAUUGAUGUGGACACGGAGGAUGUAGGCGAUGAGCGGGUGCUGCUGAUCAGUGGUUUUCCUGUUCAGGUGUGCAAGGCCAAAGCAGCAAUCCAUCAAAUCCUGACAGAGAACACCCCAGUGUUUGAGCAACUCUCUGUCCCCCAGAGAUCUGUGGGCAGAAUCAUAGGGAGAGGCGGUGAGACCAUUCGUUCUAUCUGUAAGGCUUCUGGAGCCAAAAUCACUUGCGACAAGGAAUCAGAGGGAACAUUACUACUCUCACGACUUAUAAAAAUCUCAGGAACACAGAAGGAAGUGGCUGCAGCCAAGCAUCUGAUACUGGAGAAAGUUUCAGAAGAUGAGGAACUUCGGAAGAGAAUUGCCCAUUCUGCAGAAACCAGAGUCCCCCGAAAGCAGCCAAUCAGCGUGAGAAGAGAGGAAGUGACAGAGCCUGGUGGAGCUGGAGAAGCAGCUUUAUGGAAAAAUACAAAUUCUAGCAUGGGACCAGCUGCACCCCUGGAAGUUCCUCUCCGCAAAGGAGGUGGUGAUAUGGUUGUUGUAGGACCAAAAGAAGGUUCCUGGGAGAAACCUAAUGAUGACAGCUUUCAGAAUUCUGGUGCCCAGAGCAGUCCAGAGACGUCUAUGUUUGAAAUUCCCAGUCCUGACUUCAGUUUCCAUGCUGAUGAGUACCUAGAAGUCUACGUUUCUGCUUCUGAACACCCUAACCACUUCUGGAUCCAGAUCAUUGGUUCCCGCAGCCUACAGUUGGAUAAACUUGUCAGUGAGAUGACCCAGCACUAUGAGAAUAGUCUGCCUGAAGACCUGACUGUGCAUGUAGGAGACAUUGUAGCAGCACCCUUAUCUACAAAUGGUUCCUGGUAUCGAGCCCGGGUUCUGGGAACCUUGGAAAAUGGAAACUUGGACCUCUACUUUGUUGACUUUGGAGAUAAUGGAGAUUGCCCACUAAAGGAUCUCAGGGCUCUCAGGAGUGACUUUCUAAGUCUCCCAUUUCAAGCAAUAGAAUGCAGUCUGGCACGGAUUGCCCCCUCAGGUGAAGAGUGGGAAGAGGAAGCUCUAGAUGAGUUUGACAGACUCACUCACUGUGCUGACUGGAAGCCCCUGGUGGCCAAGAUUUCUAGCUAUGUCCAGACUGGAAUUUCAACUUGGCCAAAGGUCUAUUUAUAUGAUACCAGCAAUGGAAAGAAACUUGAUAUUGGGCUAGAAUUAGUUCGUAAAGGAUAUGCAGUUGAACUUCCUGAAGACAUGGAAGAAAAUAGAACUGUCCCAGAUAUGUUGAAGGACAUGGCCACAGAAACAGAUGAUUCUCUUGCAAGCAUACUCACUGAGACAAAAAAGAGCCCUGAAGAGAUACCACAUACCCUGUCCUGCCUCAGCUUAUCAGAAGCUGCCUCUAUGUCUGGUGAUGAUAACCUUGAAGAUGACUUAUUCUGAAAUUUGGGCUUCAGCUGCUGGAUCAGCCAUCUGCUUUGCUGUGGUGUGGUGCCAGGAGAGAGGAGUCUAUGAUAAGAGAUCCAUGAAGUCCUUUACUUCACAUGUAUGACUUGCUGUGGAUCAGAUCCAUUUCCAUUCCGUUGGACUUACCAGAAGGUGACAGAGACAAAUGGAACCAGAUUCCUCCACUUCACUCCUCUGGUCCCUCCCCUAUCUUUCAAUGCUGGAAUGCUGCUGCAUAAUUCCCAGCCUCUUCAUGGCAGCUUCAGUUCCCUGCCAGUGAUAAUUUGCAUUACUGCUAGGCUAUGGUUUUUUUGUGGGGUUUUUUUGUAUGUUUUGUUUGUUUUUUGAGGCUGGGAAACAGCCAAGGUUUGGGCAUUGGAAGUGAGGAUUCUGCAGAUUUCUGACUCACCUUAUUAGUGACUAUAGUUAUAGGAAGUAUUUGGUGGACUCAGAAGACUGCAGUUGUCAGGAGAUAAGGCAAAAAUCAGCAUAAAUAUAUUUAAAAGCUUCAUGGGAGGGGAAGAGAGUGCUACCUCUCACCCUCAGUUGCUGGGGCUGUUGGAGACAGGCGUGGUGAAGCAGUCCUCCAGCUGUUUCUUUGUGAACUUUAAAGUACAACUAGAAAACGCAACCUAGGAAAUGUUGUAAACUGCAAAUAUGUGUCUGUGUAUACACACAACUAGAGAAAGAAUGAAUGUAUAGUUCUGCUUAAUUUGGGGAAUUGUUUGCUAAAUAAAGUUCUCAAAAAAACUUA